CAGGGCAUUUACAAAUGGAAACUGUACAUAAAGACUUUUCUGCUUUGAUGUUACUGUGAAUAUAAAGCAAAGAAAGUCACUUUUAAAUUUUUCAAACAGACUACAAAACUUAUUGCAAAGAUAUUAAAGUCUUUACAGGAAACAAGUCACGUCUUUUUUGUACUAGGCAUACGUAUUAUUAUAUAAUACUUUAUAAAAACUUGUUCAUCUGAUCUCCUGUCUGAGAUGGGACUAAUACUAUGCGGUAACUCCAAGGGGCAUGGAGACUUCACCAGUUUUUCACUUGACAAUCAAGAUGAAUUUACCCUUGAUCUGGUCACAAAACCUGGUUUUUGCGUUGUGCUUUUAAAAGCAAAUAGAUAUGAUAUUGAUAGAUUGGAUGAUGGAGUCUCUAAAAUACGACCAGGAAGUUCAAAUAAAUUCAAGAAAGCUCACGACAACACACUAUCAGAGCAAAUGGUUGGUGACAUGGCAGUGAAAAUGAAGUCAGUUGGGGCUAUCAUAUCAAGCAGCUCUGUACGAGGGACAGUAUUUAGAGUCGGGAGCAAGUACGUGAUGACAGCUCUGCAUGUUGUGAAGAGUAUUACCAAUCCUAGACAACUGUCAAGUAUUGCUGACAUUGACUGGUCCAAACUCGAUGAUCCAACUGUGUAUAUCACUUUUGCUGCAUCAGUAAACGACCUCCGAAGCCCAAUAUUUUACAUUAAACCAGAAGUGGUUUACAUGAACAAACAGCUAGACAUUGCAAUACUUGAACUUAAAUCUUUGGAAAGUUUACCACCAAGCCUCAAAUUGAGUAAAGAUAUGGGCCAAAUGAAAUGUGUGAACAUAAUUGGACUUGGACAUCCGACUGAUCCCAGGAAAAAACUAGAUGCCAACUGUGAAGUUCUGAACAACAACCAAAUAAGAAAAGACAUUGACAACUAUUUCAAUGCAAAUCCAAGUGUCUUGCAACUAAAUGGACUUGAACCUGGUGGCAUAAAAGGUGAAUACAUUGAAUUACAUAACACUGAUAUGUUUCCUUGCCACACAUUUUUUGAACAUGGUUCAUCAGGAGCACCUGCUGUAGAAGAGAAUGAGGUUGUAGGAAUAUUAGUAAAAGGAAUACCAUUCAGUUACUAUGAAAUGAGAGAUUCUCCUUAUUUUACAGCCAGUGGUCAACCUUAUUUUACAGCCAGUGGUAUUGACAAGUUACCUAAAAACUUGAUGUUUGAGCUCUGUGUCAAAACAGAGAGUAUCUUCAAUGAUAUGCGCUCCAAAGAACCAUUGCUAGCUGAUGAUUUAUUUGACUGAAAUGGGAAAAUAUUUUGAUAUAUCAUAUUGUGAAAUAAAAGACCAGAUGAAUGUGAUAAGGUACUUUCAAUAACUACAUGUAUAACAAGUAUAGAACAAAAGUCAUUAAAGGAAUGGAUUCGAGAGUGUUUCAUUGAGAGCUUAGAGCUUCCAACACACUCAAACUAAAAUAAAUUAGUAUAAAAUAAAGUCAUUCUUUUUAUUGUUAGUGACAUGCCUUUAGUGUUAGCGCGCCAUGAAGCCAUGUUUGUAUGACAGAAAUCAUAAAAUGACAUCACGUUAAAUAUAUGCACGGCCUUGCAAUGGUGCUUUUACAGUCACAAAAGCAGCAUAGGUUUGUGAUAUGAUUACAAGGAACUCCGGAUAUAAAGAACAGAUUUUGAAUGUCCCAAUGAGUUCAUUAUAAGCUGAGUUUACUGUAAUAUCAUUUGUAUUUUAUUUUACAAGUCUUUACAUCUUUACCUUACAGAAUGUUACAUCUAUGUAGUCUUUUGCUAUUGCUAUUGUUUGGCAAUAUUGACAGGAGAUAUUUGAAUAUUCAAUGACCUUUGGUCCGGUAGUAUUAGAUUCUGAAAUUUUAUGGUAUGUAUGGUACAAAAGUAUAAAUAAACUUAGAAUUACCAGCUUAACACUUGACUUACAAGCUUCAGUGACAUUAAGGCGCAAGACUUCCAGUUGGUUUCAAAUUGAAGAUUGUAGGUUCAAAUCAAAUGAAAUUUUUUAUGUUUUCUUGUAUGUUUUGUUUUUAUUAUACUUUGCAAAACUUGACCACUAUGUUUUAUGCAUGUCAGUCACUUAUUAUACGACUUUACAUACUGAAAUUAAUGAAAUGAAAAAGAUAUGUAUUUAUCAAAAUAAUGAAAUGAAAAAAGAAUGCUAGAAAUGAACCACACAAUUAACCUUUAACCACAUGAGCAUGUUGUGAAAAUGGCUGUUUUCUUUUUUUAUAAGCCCCCUGUUACAAGUUCAAAUUACUAUGAAACUAUAAAAAUGCUUCAA